CAUAAUUCAAAUAUAAUGGAAAAGUAUGAAAAACUUGGUAAGAUUGGAGAGGGAUCUUAUGGUGUUGUAUUCAAGUGCAGAAAUAAAAACUCUGGACAAGUCGUGGCCAUUAAAAAAUUUGUGGAAUCUGAGGAUGAUCCCAUUGUUAAGAAGAUAGCCUUAAGAGAAAUACGCUUAUUGAAGCAACUAAAGCAUGCAAAUCUUGUGAACCUCAUUGAGGUGUUCCGAAGGAAGCGGAAGAUGCAUUUGGUUUUUGAAUACUGUGAUCAUACACUUUUGAAUGAGCUGGAGAAAAAUCCAAAUGGAGUUGCUGACCGUAUGCUCAGAAGUGUUUUGUGGCAAACACUUCAGGCUCUCAGUUUCUGCCACAAACAUAAUUGUAUUCACAGAGAUGUUAAACCUGAAAACAUCCUGAUAACAAAGCAAGGAAUGAUCAAGAUCUGUGAUUUUGGAUUCGCUCGGCUUCUGAGUCCAGGAGAUGCCUAUACUGAUUAUGUUGCUACAAGAUGGUACCGAGCACCUGAGCUUCUGGUAGGAGAUACUCAGUAUGGACCUACAGUAGAUGUGUGGGCAGUUGGCUGUGUUUUUGCUGAAUUGCUGACUGGACAACCCCUUUGGCCUGGAAAAUCAGAUGUGGAUCAACUCUAUCUGAUCAUAAGAACUCUAGGAAAACUAAUUCCGAGGCAUCAGUCCAUCUUUAGAAGCAACCAGUUUUUCCGUGGCAUAAAUAUUCCUGAACCAAAUGACAUGGAGACACUUGAGGAAAAGUUUCCUGGUACUUCUUUAAUGGCUAUGAACUUCAUGAAGAAUUGCUUGAAGAUGAAUCCAGAUGAUAGAUUAACUUGUGCACAGCUCUUAGAAAGCCCUUACUUUGAAUCAUUUCGAGAGAAUCAAGUUAAAAGAAAAUCACGGAAUGAAGGAAAACUCAAAAAACGAUCACAGACUCAGCUGUUGCCACUCAUACCGGGAAGCCACAACACCCCCACACCUGAUGGAAGAAGACAGGUCCUCCAAUUAAAAUUUGAACAUCUUCCAAAUAUUUAG